UGGCGUUUCUCCAUAGCAAGAUGAAGAUCAUACCUAUUUUAAUAUUGGCAUAUCUUGGCUAUGCCUUAAGUGAUGAUCCUAUUGAGAGUAGUAAUAAACGGAGACUUCAAAAUAUUGUAAACAAAUAUAGGCACUUGUCCACUGGAAAUGCUGAAUUCUCCCGGUGGAUUGAAAAAAUCUACUAUGCUAUCGAUUCGCCAGUCUUUAAUCCGGGAAAUGUUGUACGGAAAAUAGAAUUGCUGAAUGAAUUCAACAUUUACGACAGGAGACGUCAAGAACUUGAAGAUAGUAUUAAUAAUCGUUUGUCCAGAGUCAGAAAAUUGCUAAACUUAAAAAUGGGAGGCAAGGGAUGUGUGAAGUUUUACAAAAUGCAGGCAAAUGAACUUAAAAACGCCCUUAAGCUCACCAAUAAUAUGAAAGAAAUCAAAGUUGAUAAAAAUAGUCGUUCAUGCCCACAAAACUUAUCCGAAAAAGAGGAUUCUGAUGAUUCUGAUUACUUAUAAAUUUUAACUUUGGGCAAUAUUAAAUUUUUAAUUUUAUUUUUGUGUUUUGUUUUUGAACAAAGUUGAAAAAAAUAAAGUUUUAGUUGAAACAA